AGCCGCUUCACCCCCAACGUCUUGGCUCAAUGUGCAUAGCUCAUGGUGCCGGCCGACAGGUGUUCGCUUGGGAUAGCUGCGGGACUCGCCCUUGGAUUGUGGCGAGAUGCAGUAUCCAGGCGGCAGCGGCGCGUGCGGGCCGCGGUGUCGGCCGAGAACGUCGUGAAGAGACUCAUGGAGGAGAAGACCCGGCUAGAGCAGAGCGUCCUUGGUCUGGAGCUGCAGGUCCGCAGGAGUGAAGAUCCCGAGGUCCAGCGCAGGGUGGACGCCAUCGUGCCCUACCUGGAAGAGGAAAUGGCUGCCAGACGCCGCGGUGACACCGCAGUGCACCUCGAGGCGAUCAUGCGGAACGUGGCCAUGCACGUGUUCGACGCGCCCAUGGCCCGGCUGGUUGGCCUUAACUUUAAGCAGCUCAAUGGGGUGCAGCGCCACUCCCGCGGAAGGGCAAGGCGGGACAAAGGAGCUGAUGAUGUGGUGCCUGCGACGCCGACGCUUAGGGGGACCUCGCCAUGGUGCGGCCUCGUGUGCACUUGUGGCACCACUGUCUUCGCGAACGCAGGGGCGGAGGUGGUGAGCGAGGCCGACGCCAUCACGGCGGCGGGAGAGUGGGCGCCCGACCCGACCGCCCAGCCCUUCGUUCCCCUCGAGCAGCUGCACGAGCAGACCAUGCGCCUCGGAAUGCAGGGGCGGCAGAGGCACCAGCCGUUCGUGAAGCGCCGACGACUCUGCCACGCAGUUGCGGCGGUGGACGCGAAGGCCAGCAGUGCCAUGGGGCCCCUGACGGGGAUGGCUGCCCUGCCGACGGUCGCGGCGGUCGCCUGCUGCGCUGAAGGGCCCUUGAGGGGGAUGACUGCCCUGCCGACGGGCGCGGCGGCGGCCCGCGUUGGGCGGCGGUGGCGCCGCGCGGUGCUCGACAAGGAGGUUGUCUUCAUGCAGGGCGUGGAGGCGCACAUAGCCGCGCAGACGGCGCAGGAGGCGCAGAACGUCGACUGGCUUCUGCGGGACCUCGGCGCUGCCAUUUGCGCGGCUGGACCAGCUGAGGCCAGUGCAUCGUCACGCUGAUGGCCGUCGUCUGCUUCAAGUUCUGAUAGGGCCCUGGCAUCUGUGCCAGACUUUGGCCCUCGUGUAGUCUUUUCCAG